AUGUCGACGAGUACAAUACCAAACGAACAGGAACUGGUAAUUGAUUACAAUCAUGAUAAUUUAUAUGGAGAUAAUACAAAAAUCAGUUAUAUGCAUCUCGAAAAAGGUCUUCUUCUCUUCGUGUAUUUACACGAAACAAGUUCUAUUCUAAAGACCAACGCUCGCAUUUACAAAAAACUAUGGACUGGUCAGAUAUGUUAUCAUUCUAUUGUUCCAAACAACUUUCACGAUUCAUAUUUCUGUUCAUUUGAUCACUCUGAAGCGUAUAAACAACCGAAUCUAUGUAGAAAUUGGUAUACGCGUAGUUGUACUCAGCUGUCGUGUGAAAAUCAGCACUAUUUCAUACCAACUAAGGCGAAACGUUACAUGAACAAUGAAACAGACUUAGCUGUGUGGGAUCUGAUGCGUUUCAUUCGUCAAUUCUUUCGUCAUUUUAAGCAAUCAGUCAUAGACAAGGAAGAUCUUGAGAUUUUAUACCGUGAAAUCAUUUUGAUUAUGGUCUGUCUCAUCAAUUGUGCAUAUCAAAACAUCGAUCAUCUAGCUUUGUUUCUACCUCAGCCAAUAGUCAAUCAAAUGAAUCGAAGUUUUCAACAGGAACUCUUAGAAGAUAGUACAUGUCAUAUACCUAAGAUAUUCUUGACGCCAGAGAACAUCAAGUUUAAUAGUAAAUGGUAUACUCAAUUAACACGUCGAGUUGGUGUUAACUUUUAUAAAAUAUCACCUGAACUUAUCAAGUAUCUGUCCCGUUGUUUGAAUAAGUACCAUACUGAACGAUUUGAACGUUAA